AUGGAUGUCAUCAACCAGUCCGCGCCGUCUGCGCCGCCGACGCGGCCGAUCAAGACCCCGAUCGCUCAGCUAUCUCCUGCCCUUGACCAGCCCGAAAACAAGUGCAUCUAUGCGACUGUUAGCCUUGUCUGGCCAUACUCCUCGUCAACAAAAUCACUGAGCCUGCUCCUCUCCGAGCCCGAUUUUCGCCUUCGUCGGCCAAAUGGUCAGGUUAAGGCGGUCUUUCAUGGGCGCGUCGCAGCAAGCGUCGCAGAACAACAUGUUGGAAUCGGGGACACUGUUUGCCUUUCAUUGAAAGAUUCGAGCUUUGUUCCCAACGAUGCCGCGUCACAGACGCCAGGAAGAAGUAUCGCCUGGGAUCUUCAUUUCGAUCGCGGCUUGACGCUUGAGGUCGACCGGUCUUCCCAGAACCUACCCUCAUUCAAAAUUGCAAUAGAGCUUCCUGCGCAGCAUGAGCCCGAGCCACCCUCCACUCCCCGCUUGAUCUCGACCGAUCUCAAUGAACCACUAGCAUCUACUCGAGGGUCUUGGGGGUCGCCAGCUUUCCACAAGUCCUCACGGAAGUCUUCUGGAAGCGCAGGUGAUUUCGCUUUCGAUCCGUUUAGCGAAGAGGAUGGAUUUGUUCCUGGGAAGGGAAGGAAACGACCGAGGUACAGCCUCCAACGAAGCGAAUGGCGCGUUGUGGACGAACCAGAGAGUCCCCAAGAGCGCGAAGAGCCGAUGGACUGGGAUAAAGCUUUGGAGAACGAGAUAGAUGUUGAAUCUGACACAGAAGAGCCAACGGAUAUUGCGCCCGCCAACGACGUUUCCGUUCCAGACACCGCCCGAGACGGCCUCGAUACGAUCGAUCAGGCUAAUAUUGAAGACCCGUUCAAAGACGAAUCGUCUGUUUUUGUCAAACCUUCCCUGGAUCUUGCUGGAGGUCUCUUUGGGAGACGUGCGCCGCACAGCUUGGACGCUGGACCAAACACCUCUGCUUCCCCAAGUCUCUUCGGCAAUCUGUUUAAUAGGCCCACAGAUACGCCUCAACUCCGACCAAUACCUUCUCCCGGUCUUCCAAUCCCAUCGCCGAUUGUUUCAGAUCAGACCAACCACCUAGAAUACUUUGCACCAUUCCAUACCGUCCCACCCGUAAACGAUAUUCACCAUGCUUUGACGUCGCCUUCCAACAUUACUGUCCAAGAUUUAGAUUCCUUGGUCCAGGGUGCGCCAGAGCCAGCACUACAUGGAAUGCCGCAGGCUCUGGAGCACCCGGAGGCUAUACUGGACGGGGCAGCUUUGUCUCAUCCGCCUCCACCACUGGACAACCUCCAAGUUUCAGAUUCGAUGCUAGCAGAUUCUGUUAUUGUGAGUCAGGAUGGUCAAAUGCCGACUGUCAAUCUGGAUCAAUUCCACUCGCACACUGCUGCGAACGGGUCCCAUUUCAUCGAAACAGAACCUGGAUUGGGGAUCGUUGAGGAACUGCAGAUGGUGGUCUCGACUGAACAGGCCGAUGAUCAGCCCUUGAAAGAGGCAGAAGAUGACUACGAUGCUCAUGUGACCUCUACCAUUGAGAGGGAUCAAGGGGUUGAAGGAUCCGAAGGGAUUUCGGUGCUCCUGGAUACACAAUCCGAGGAAGCCGAAUCAGACGAAAAUGUGCUCGAGGAGAUAGAUCAAGAUCAAGCCCUAUCUGAGAUCGCCGAUGAAUACGCGGGCACGCAAAGCGGCCGUGAUAGUCGGAGCCAAAGCGAUGUCGAGAACGAAGCUCUUUAUGACGAAGAUGGAGAGGCAGAGUACUAUUCUGAGGAUGAAUUUUACCAGGAAAACCAAGACAUGGAACCCGGGUACGAGGACGAGAUGGAUACAGAUCAGAGCGAAGACGAGGAGGAUUACGAGGCACCUGGAAGGCCGCCAGCGCAACCCGAAGUCAUCGUGCUAGAUAGUGACAGUGAAGAUGAGCUUGCCUCAGAGCAACAAACAGCGCCAUCACCGCACCUUGCUCGUCAACGGUCUGUAUCUUCUGAAGACUCGCAGUCAUCCGUUGGGGACGAUCGAGAGGAUUGGUCUAUUGAAGGCCAUUCAGACCAUCAUAUGUUGGAAGACCAGGGGUCAGAUGAUUAUGAGUCUGAAGUUGAGGAUCAUUAUGAACAUAGGCACCCUGAUCAAGACGAUCGGCUGCAUGACAGUGAUAUGGAGGAUGAUGAAGCGUCAUCUGAGGAUAUUUCGGCGCAGAGUGAUUACAGCCACGAGCGCUAUGUGCGGCAUGAGCCUGUUGAGGAAGAACCGGAUGGCGAAGAGCACUCUCAACAGAUGGCAGAAGAUAACGAGGCGGUUGAACUUGAGGGGAAUCUGGAUUCUUUCAGCAAUGUGGCAGUCUAUGAGGACCAGCCCGAUCAAGCCAAUGAGGCGCCCCUCCUGACGGAAGAAACAUCGCCUCAUGAUUUGGUUGAGGAGCAGGGGCAGCCAACUCUCGAUGAUGAAGAACGCACGUCGAGUAGGAAGCUCGGUGCUUUAAUAACCCUGGACGGGGCUCAUGAUAGGCCCAGCUUUUCAAAACAAGUUGAAGAUUACCAAUCUCCGAUCGCAGAAGAAACCCCAUUUGAAAAAGAAGUUCCACUUGAAGAAGACACACACGGUAUUGUGGAAGAGACGCAUAGUCCCGAACCACAGGAAGAGGUGGAAGAGGUCCUUCAGUCCGAUGAAACCUAUGCACGGCACAACAAGGACGUUUCAUUUGAAGGUUCAGCGUUCGACCCAUCUGAUCAACAACUACCAACUCCUGAUCCCACCCAGGAGGCAUUGUCAGGUUAUAAAUCAGGACCUGAAAAUGAGCAAUCAAGAGAGUUGGUGGUGACUGACGAGCAGACCCCGCCAGUGGGUCUCAAUAUUUCAGUUUCAGAAGAAUCCGUUCCUCUGGAACAGCAACAAGAUGUCGACGGGGUGGGUGUUGUAUUGCCCACAACUGAGCUUGUCGAAGACCAUCAACAGGAUCAUGAACGAGGAAUUGCCGCGCCCGAGUUGACAGGCAAGGGCCCCCAAACCCCGAUGGUCGUCAUUAGCAAGCCACCCGUGCCGGACCGCGAUGCCCAUGGGCUACGCAGCAAACUGUCUUACUUCGCCCCUCUUGCUACGCUUGCCGAUCACUACAAUGCGCUUGUGGAUACGAUCUCUAUUGUUUACGAGUUCUCCCCUGUCGCCAAGGGGACGUCUGGUUCUAGAGACUACUUUAUAACGAUCUUUCUUACGGAUCCAUCGAUGGCUGGCGCAACCCUUGAAGCUCAGAUUUUCCGGCGUUAUAAGUCUGCAAUGCCAUCGGUCGUAGAAGGUCAAGCCAUCCUACUGCGAGAUUUCAAAGUCCAAACCCACAAUCACUCCAUGAUCCUUGUGAGCGUCGAUUCAAGUUCAUGGGCUGUGUUCGAUGGCUCCGGGCCAGACGCAAAGAUGACUGGUCCACCCGUUGAAUAUGGAUCUGAGGAGCGGGCCUUUGCAUCUGGCUUGAGGCGAUGGUAUUCGGAGGCCGGUGCGGGCAUGGUAGCCGACAGUCAGCUCCAAGCAUCCAUCAAGAGAGACAGCCGGUCGAUGACGCCAGGUAGUGUGGCAGCAAGUGAUGCUGGGAGCCUGGACGGGGCAUCGUCAACUCGAGGUUCGCCAUCUGCUCGAGGUUCGCGCCGCUCUCGGCGAAGUCACCGACGGGUCACUAUCCAUGAGCUGCGAGACGGUACUCGCUAUACCGAGGUCGGAUCACCCAGCGGCCAGCAUGGUAUCCAUGAACUGCGUGAUGGCACGGUGUAUGCGAAUGAAUGA